GCCCCGCCCCGCCCCGCGCCGCCCCGCGCCGGCUCCGCAGCUCGCGCCCGCCGGGCGCCGGGCCAUGGCGCUGCUGCGGGAUGUGUCGCUGCAGGAUCCGCGGGACCGCUUCGAGCUGCUGCAGCGCGUGGGGGCCGGGACCUAUGGCGACGUCUACAAGGCCCGCGACACCGUCACGUCGGAACUGGCCGCCGUGAAGAUCGUCAAGCUGGACCCAGGGGACGACAUCAGUUCCCUCCAGCAGGAAAUCACCAUCCUGCGUGAGUGCCGCCACCCCAAUGUGGUGGCCUACAUUGGCAGCUACCUCAGGAAUGACCGCUUGUGGAUCUGCAUGGAGUUCUGCGGAGGGGGAUCUCUGCAGGAGAUUUACCACGCCACUGGGCCCCUGGAAGAACGGCAGAUUGCCUAUGUCUGCCGAGAGGCGCUGAAGGGGCUCCACCACUUGCAUUCUCAGGGGAAGAUCCACAGAGACAUCAAGGGAGCCAACCUCCUCCUCACUCUCCAGGGAGACGUCAAGCUGGCUGACUUCGGGGUGUCUGGGGAGCUGACGGCGUCUGUGGCCAAGAGGAAGUCUUUCAUUGGGACCCCUUACUGGAUGGCUCCGGAGGUGGCCGCGGUGGAGCGCAAGGGUGGCUACAACGAGCUGUGUGACGUCUGGGCCCUGGGCAUCACCGCCAUCGAGCUGGGCGAGCUGCAGCCGCCUCUGUUCCAUCUGCACCCCAUGAGGGCUUUGAUGCUCAUGUCAAAGAGCAGCUUCCAGCCACCCAAGCUGAGAGACAAGACGCGCUGGACCCAGAAUUUCCACCACUUCCUCAAGCUGGCCCUCACCAAGAACCCCAAGAAGAGGCCAACAGCCGAGAAGCUUCUGCAGCACCCAUUCACAGCCCAGCACCUCCCACGGGCCCUCCUCACCCAGCUCCUGGACAAGGCCAGUGACCCCCACCUGGGAGCCCUCUCCCCUGAGGACUGUGAGCUGGAGACCUAUGACGUGUUCCCAGACACCAUCCACUCCCGGGGGCAGCACGGCCCGGCCGAGAGGACCCCCUCCGAGGUCCAGUUUCACCAGGUGAAGUUUGGCGCCCCUCGCAGGAAGGAGACAGACCCGCUGACUGAGCCGUGGGAGGAAGAGUGGACGCUGCUGGGACAGGAGGAGCUGAGUGGGAGCCUGCUGCAGUCUGUCCAGGAGGCCCUGGAGGAAAGGAGCCUGACCAUUCGGCCGGCCUCGGAGCCCCAGGAGCCGGAGCCCCCAGAUGACGCCAUGGGAACCAUCAAGCGGGCCCCUUUCCUGGGGCUGCCCCCCGCUGAGCCCACAGCUGAGGCCCCUCUGCCCAGCCCCCCAGGAACCCUGCCCCCGGCUGCACCCGGCCCCGGCUGCCCCGCACUGCUGCCCACUGCCUGGGCCACCAUGAAGCAGCGGGAGGAUCCCGAGAGGUCGUCCUGCCACGGUCUGCCCCCCACCCCCAAGGUGCACAUGGGAGCCUGCUUCUCCAAGGUCUUCAACGGCUGCCCCCUGAGGAUCCACGCUGCGGUCACCUGGGUGCACCCUGUUACUCGAGACCAGUUCCUGGUGGUGGGGGCCGAGGAGGGCGUCUACACCCUCAAUCUGCACGAGCUGCACGAGGACACACUGGAGAAGCUGAUCUCGCACCGCUGCUCCUGGCUCUACUGCGUGAACAAUGUGCUGCUGUCACUCUCAGGGAAAUCCACGCACAUUUGGGCGCAUGACCUCCCGGGCCUGUUUGAGCAGCGGAGACUCCAGCAGCAGGCUCCUCUCUCCAUCCCCACCAGCCGCCUCACCCAGCGCAUCAUCCCCAGGCGUUUUGCCCUGUCUACCAAGAUUCCUGACACCAAAGGCUGCCUGCAGUGCCGCGUGGUGCGGAACCCCUACACGGGCGGCACCUUCCUGCUGGCCGCCCUGCCUGCCAGCCUGCUCCUGCUGCAGUGGUACGAGCCGCUGCAGAAGUUCCUGCUGCUCAAGAACUUCUCCAGCCCCCUGCCCAGCCCUGCGGCCAUGCUGGAGCCCUUGGUGCUGGAAGGGAAGGAGCUGCCGCAGGUGUGUGUGGGUGCCGAGGGGCCCGAGGCACCUGGCUGCCGCGUCCUGUUCCACGUCCUGCCCCUGGAAGCUGGCCUGACACCUGACGUCCUCAUCCCACCCGAGGGGAUCCCAGGCUCAGCCCAGCAGGUGAUCCAGGUGGACAGGGACACAGUCCUGGUCAGCUUUGAACGCUGCGUAAGGAUCGUCAACCUGCAGGGCGAGCCCACGGCCACCCUGGCCCCUGAGCUGACCUUCGACUUUCCCAUCGAGACUGUGGUGUGCCUGCAGGACAGCGUGCUGGCCUUCUGGAGCCACGGCAUGCAGGGCCGCAGCCUGGACACCAACGAGGUGACCCAGGAGAUCACAGAUGAGACAAGGAUCUUCCGAGUCCUGGGGGCCCACAGAGACAUCAUCCUGGAGAGCAUUCCCACCGACAACCCCGGGGCGCACAGCAACCUCUACAUCCUCACCGGCCACCAGAGCAGCUACUGAGCGGCCCUCCCUGCCCUUUUGGGCCACGGGGCUCUUCCUGGUUCGGAGGCGCCCAGGCCUUGGCUCCACCGGAGCUGAGAAGUGUGGGCAGGAGGGCAGGAGCGCCCCCAGGCCUCAGCAAUAACUGGACCAGAGGAAGCUGCUGUCGCCUCCCGGCGCAUGGGCAGCUCCGCCCUUGGCAGGGUCCCCUUGGCAGGAGGGGCCCCUGCCAGUCCAUUCCAUUUUCUUCCCAUUUCCUUUCCACUCCUCUGCCAAGAGCCGGCUGGGCUCCAUCCUGGGAGGUGUGUUCAGGAGAGCGCGGUAUUGGUAUUAAAGCUGGCUGCCUUGCCACUGGUCCCUCUGCUGGGGAACCCAGCCUGCCUCACCUCCCUCCCCCGCUCCCUCCCCGCAGCGCCCCGUCCGCGGGCUCCUGGUGUGUACUGCAUAUGCCCCAUGGAAGGGGAGGGCCACCAGAGCUCUGGGAGUCCAGGCAUAGGUGACUGAGGCCAUGACCCCAGCAGCUGUCUCCGGCAGGGCCACCCUCAGGUUUGCAGUUUGACACCUCCCGGUUAGUUUGAGCCCCAAGGACUCAUGCAGGGGUCUCUGAACAAGGAACCCCCAGCCAGGGCAGCCCUGCUCCCGGUGGCUCUCUCCUGUGGCCCCCAGAAGGAACCUGAGGGCUGCUCCCCCAGCCCUGGAGGCUGCUGCCCCGAGACAGCCUGGGGACAGCCAGCGGGCCCUGGGCUCUCCCCGCCCACUGAUACCCUGCGGUCUUCAGGUUACUGGGAAGCUUGGCCCCGUCCAUGGGCACACUCCCCGAGGUAGCCCUCAGUGCCAGGCCCUGGAGUCACACCAGAUAAGGACCAGCCCUGGGAGAAGGGGCCGUCCUGGCCAGAGGCUACACCUCAGAGCGGGUGUCCUCACGUGGCUCAGCUCACACUUUACCUUGUUCUGUGAACCCCUCAGAAGGUCUGGGCGCCCAUGCCGGGGGUCCCCUGUUGCCCCAGGUAUUGACUGGCUGCUUGUGACCAGCGCCUUUGUGCAGGGCAGGCCAUGGAGGCAGGAUGGGAGCCCCGAAGGAGGCUUGGGGUGCACAGCAGGGCUGCAGGGGGAGCCUGGGUCCUCUGCACCCCCAGGCCAGCAGUGCCUGCCAACUCAGUGAAGCUACCGGAGGGCCGGGGAGGGCCACUCCUGUGAACCAACUCACGGCCCUGUUGUCCCACUUGGCCACCCGCCAGUAGAGCUCUGACUGCUGUUUCCAGGGACCAGGAGGGGAAUGGGGAACUAGACCGAGUGAGGGGCACACCCCGCGUCCCUGGUGAGCCCAAAGGAUGGCGAGAGGCACCUGCCCAGCUCUGAAGGCUCAUGUCCAUCAGGGAGCCAUUUCGGGCUAACAGGGGUGGGGCACCUGCACUCCCAGCUCCAGCCAUCGGGACCUGGGGGGGGGGGGGGGCUGCUGGAAGCCGCUGCCGGUGAAUCCCGCCCUGCCGAGGCGCAGCCGGGCCAGGGGCCCUCGGAGCAGCUGGCGUCAGCGCCACCUUGUGGCAGGCCGUCCAGCCCUGGGUUUGGCCUGAAGCAGGGCUGUGGAGGGGGGUCCCUCCUGUGAAAGGCCAGGAGGGGCCUCUGAUGAAGUGCUGCCAGCAGAGGCAGGCUGCAAGCCAAAGAUGGCCCAGAGCCGGACACAUACCGAGACGCUCACCUUUAUUUCCGUACGCGUUCAUACACAGCCUUGCCCAAGGCACAGGAUUUUUUUCUUUCAAAUGCAACAAUGAAAAGUCUCCCUUCCACGCCACUGCAGCCCCGGUGCCAGUCACUUACGAAGGCUUUUACAAGUGUUUAUGUGUAUUUAAGCAUUUCAGUAUGCUUUUUCACACAUGCGGUGACACAUGCCGCAUGUCCUACUGGCUUGCCUUUCCCUCAUCCCUGCUGCCCUUGUCUCUUUAUGGCUAAGGGUGGUCCCUGGUACGGGUUCCCAUAACUGAUGCUGGUGACCUGUAACUGGAUACCUACUGAUGGAAAGUCACGUCGUUCCUACUACUUUGAUAUUAAAACAAUGCUGCAAUAAAUGUCCUUAUGUCAAUGCCACUUGGCACAGUCAAGUGUCUGGAAAAUAAACCGCU